CCCCCGGCUGCGGGCGAGGAGCUGUCAGGGGUGUUCCAGGAGAUGGUAAAGUCCGAGUGUCACUUCAUCAACGGCACCGAGCGGGUGAGGUACGUGGUGAGGGUCAUCUACAACCGGGAGCAGUACGUGCACUUCGACAGCGAUGUGGGGGUGUUUGUCGGGGACACCCCGAUUGGGGAGAAAGUUGCCAGGUACUGGAACAGCGACUCAGAAUUCAUGGAGAGCAAACGGUCUGCGGUGGACUGGCUGUGCCGGCACAACUACGGGGUGUACACUCUGCCUGCCCUGGAGAGGAGAGUGCCCCCCCGCGUCUCCAUAGCCCUCCUGCCU